AUGGAGUCCCCGCAUUCAACGCAACCGCCUCGCUUACUGGCGCAGUCCCAUUCCGACAGAGAGGCUCGCAGUCAGAAUGGUCAACCAAGUCAAGGUGGACAGGCUAUAGCUGACGGGGUGACUCCACACUUCGAGCGCGAACUCGUGGCACAGCCCGACACAACCAUGACUGGCACAGACGAGAUGUAUUCGACCUCAGUGCCCAAGGACACUGAUCGACCAGUCCGUGUCCGGCGGCAUCCUCCCCCUGUCAGACAUAAGAUACUCAAGUGCGAGCAAGUACCUGACGAGAGAUGGGCCGAAGGGUUGCACAUUGGCAAGAUCAACGAUCCGAUCAAUACCUACGAUCCCGCCGACUAUGAGGACGACUACUCCUACAGCGACUAUGAGAGCAUGACCGGGUAUGGUGCGCCGAUCCCUGGCUUCGACAUCGCCUACACAGAACAGCCAACAGUUUUCGAGGGUGAUAUCAUUCUGCUGCCAGAAGCUGCUAGUGAAAAGUCGCCGCAAUGGCGUAUCAAAAUGCUGGAGUUGUAUCUGGAGGGCAAAUCGACACCUAAUGCCUGGGUCGAGGAACAUUGGGAUUCGACCAAUGGUAUAUCUCUCGAAGUUGUCUGCUGCUCAGAGCAGCCGCAUUUGGUUUUCCAGCUUAAUGACCGAGGUGGUUUUCGAGCUUUGCGAUGCCAUACCUAUGACCUCAGUCGUGCGACUGACGAGCUCAGAAGGGAACAUAUCAGUCUCGCCGAACACGAUUUCUACGAUUACCAUACUGAGUUUGACAAAGCUCUGAACAUAGCGCAUAGGGCGUCCUACACCUAUGCUUUCUCUCCAAGACUCACCGUUCGUUAUCCGUGGACGUAUUCGACAGAAUUCGAAUACUACAGUCGAUGGGGUGGUACUUGUGGCACAUACAUCGGAGAAUUGGAUGCGGAGAGCAUUGCCUAUCGGAGGAAGACGGAAGACAUGUACAGUACAUGGUCCUGGAAGGAGGAGUUUUAUGCCAGUGCCAAGAGAGAAGUGGAAAGAAACAGGCGUCAAUUCGAAGAGGCCGAGAAGGGUUUUGCUCAGUACGUCAGUGGAAACCUUAUGGAUGAUGCACGAGAGGCAUUAUAUGGUCAUGCGCAACAGGAUGGAACGUUCCAUAAAGGAGACGCAACUUCUGAAGCAGGCACGAAAGCUGAGAAGACAACCUGGAGUCGAUCGCACGAUCAGCUGAGUGACAUAGUCGCAACAGACUUACUGGACGGCAAAGCAAGUACUGGAUCCAUCAAGGAGGCCACGCGACGCACCAGCCAAAAGAUCACCGCGUCAGACCUGACAGACACAGAACUCCCCACAGAAGACGCUCUUACACAGCGCCUCGUCCCGAACCAACAAGACCUGUCUGCCGGAAAGGAGACACCAUUCGAAGGCGAGCCAGAUGCGCUUGGCUACUGGGAUCUUCUCCAUGAGGAGGAAAAGGAAGAUGGCUGUUUCGACACCAUCAUUCCAGGACGCGUGCCGCCUGAGCAGUGUCGGCGGGCCGCGCUGGAGAUGAUUGCUGGAGAGAAGAAACGAUUUGAGGAUGAACGUAGGCGCGUGAAGGAGAAACCUCGACUCAUGACCAAGAAGGAUGAGGCGGCCCGGAGUAGGCUUCGCAGUGAUCGUAACCUGGCCUGGAAGCAGAAGUAUGAUCAGGAAGUAGGAGGGGUGGAUCGUGAACACGAGGAAGAGGCAGUCGAGAAGCUCCGCCAGAUGUCGCCGAGUGAGAGGACGGCGGCGAUCAUGGAUGAGUUUAUCGAUCUCGGCGAUAGUGAGUGGUAA